GGUUUGAGAAACGGGGUGCUCGCGGCUUUGGAACAUGGCGCCGAGAAUUUGAUCAUUGCUGGAGACUUCAGGCUUAAGAUCCCCGAAUCACUGGGGAUUCGCUCAUGCGGUGCGGACCUGUUGAUGAGUCCGAUACGGAGUAGCGAGAAGGUCGCAGCACGGAUGCAGUCUGCUAAGUAUAUCCAUGUGACACGAGACUACAACGCUGCUGCGAACUCACUGGUGUCU